CUGCGUUUUCCUCUGGGCUUCCUGUUCGACCGCUUCGGCACCAUGGCGAGCAGGCUCCUGGCCACAUGUCUGUACACCACGGGGACCUUGUUGAUAACUGUCUCCGGUCCAGAGCAGUCAGCGUUGCUGUUUCCUGCCAUCUCGUGCCUGAUCACAUCUGGAAUGUUGUUCUACACCACCAAUGCUCAGGUGGGGAACCUGUUCGACAGCCACCGUUCCACGGUCAUAUCGGUCUACGCCGGAGCCUUCGACUCCUCCGCCGCUGUCUUCCUCAUCAUCAAGGUAACACAGCAUCUUCCUGAUGACGAUUCCUCAAUGUGGGACAGGUUUAAUGAGGGUUUAUACUGUUGGAAACCUCCUGACUUCCUGAAUAUUCCUUGAUGUGGGACAUGUUUAAUGAGGGUUUGAACUGUUUAAAACCUCCUGACUUCCUGAAUAUUCCUUGAUGUGGGACAGGGUUAAUGAGGGUUUGAACUGUUUAAAACCUUCUGACUUCCUGAAUAUUCCUCAAUUUGGAACAGAUUUCCGGUGUUUGAACUGUUUAAAGCCUUCUGACUUCCUGAAUAUUCCUCAAUUUGGAACAGAUUUCCGGUGUUUGAACUGUUUAAAGCCUUCUGACUUCCUGAAUAUUCUUCAAUUUGGGACAGAUUUCCGGUGUUUGAACUGUUGCACAGUCAGCACCUGCUGUUUUCAGAAGAGACUACAACAACUGAAAUGUAGCAUCUCUAGAUGAAACAUGAAUCCAAACGGUCAUUAAUGAUUUGCUUCUCCUUAAUCUGACCUUUGACUGACUGCUUUAUUCCAUUGCUCAGAUGCAAACUUAGCUCAGGCAAAAACAUUAAUGAUUUAAGUAAUCACUGAUAAUCAAAAGUGGUGAAGUAAGGAUUCAUACAUGCUGUAUAUAACCUCUCCCUCUUUCUCUCUCUCUCUUCCUCUC